AUGGCUUAGAGACAAAAGUAAUCCUGAUAUUGAUCAGGAAGGUGGCACAAUUGCUUGUGCCUUUUGGGGUGUCAGGGUCAGCAUGGUGAGAAUAUUGGUGUUUGGACCUUCACGUCUAUAACAUCAUGCACCCAGACGGUUCCUGAGAGCUAUACGCUCUCUUCCCGGCAAACGAUAACCGAAAUACCCAGAUAGUCCUGGUCGUCGCCAUCCUGACGGGAGCAGACAAUGUCGAAGCGACCUCGAGCCGCGGCCGGGACCAGCGCCGGGAAAAGGACUGCGGCGGUGCCCGAGCCGGUAGAAGUGAUCAACCUGCUGAGGGACUCGUCACAAUCGGAGGACGACCCCGACGAUGCAGCUGUGCAGCAGGCGCAGCCUCCGCCGGCGACCAGGGCGACAGUGCGCCCAACCAAGCGCCUACGGCGCAUGGACGCACAGGACAAGCCGAUCCAGCAGCUGCAGCGUGACUCAGUUGCUGCCAGGGCCGGCCAAGCAUCCGCCCUACCAGUCGGACCCAAGGCCGCUCGCCGGAAGCUGCCUGCUGAGGAACCACCCGCCUCAGAGCCUGCCGCCCCCAAGCCACUGCGCCAAGGCACCCGACCCAUAGCCACCCUGCGUCCCCGCACCACGGCGCUGCCGCUGCAGACGCUAAACGUGAGUCGGCCACGCGCCGCCAGCGUGGCGACUCCCACCGCUUCCGGCGACAGCGCGCUGGCAGGGGUAUUUGCCAACGCUGGCCGUGGCGGCGCCGGCGGGGGCGCUGAGGCUAGUCCAGCGCCGUCGCCGUCUCCUUCCUUCUCGCGGCGGUCCUCUCGCCUGUCUGAGGAACCCGACUUCAUGCCCAUGCACCCAUCGCAGCCACAAUCGCAGGGUGGAACCUUCCAGCCCUCGUCUCAAAGGCAGCCGGAACCGUUGCGGCCGCAGCUGAGACAGCUCAUAUUCGCGCCGGCUCGGAACAGCGGUGACUCCGCCGCCGCCGCCGCCGCCGCUGCUGCUGCUGCUGGCAAACGAGGCACCAAACCACCAACGGCAACGAAACAUGGCUUCGAGGGGAGCGGCGGCGGCGAUGGCACGGCGGCUGCGGAGCAGCCCUCAGCUCAGAUCGCUGCGCCAGUUGGGCGAGCUUUACGGGUGCCAUCUGGGUCAGCACCAUUUUCGUCGGCAGCGCUGCCCUCCACGUCCGCGUUCCGCUCCUCACCCCCCUCCUGCGCUGCUGCCGUUGCAGCCGCCAAACCGCUUGCGGAGAUGUGGCACGAGCGUCACACGCCUCGGACCGAGGAGGACCUGGUGCAGGUGCUGCACCGUAAAAAGGUCUCGGAGGUCAAGGAGUGGCUGGAACGACAGCACCACAUGCUGACGACCCAUGGGUCGUCCCAGGGACCUACGAUACCAACGCAGCAGCAGCAGUCUUUUGCAUAUGGAACGCAGCAACAUGCAGGGCCCUCUUGGCAGUCGCGCCAGUUUAGUCAGACUUGGCCUGUUGGGGGUUUCGGAGCGGCAGCUGGUACAGUAGGAUCUAGGUUGUGGCAGGGGUCGCGGGCUCUGCCAUGCGGCCUGGCAGUGCUGAGCGGGCCGGCGGGAUGCGGCAAGAGCACCUGUCUGAGGGUCCUUGCGGAGGCGACGGGCUUUGAGGUGGUGGAGUGGACGCCGCCGGCCCCCAUGAUGUGGAACGAGUACCAGUACCAGCGGUCCGCAGCAGGUCCAGAGUACGGCGGCGGUCCGCCGGCGUCAUACCAAUCCAAACUGGACGAUUUUGAGUCCUUCGUCAGCCGCUCCAAGUACCCCUCCCUGGCGCUGACAUCAACGGGGGCAGCAGCGUUGGUUUCCGGAGAAAGCGCGUCGGGGAGAGCAGCGCCAGGCGGAAGCCAGCAAACGGGUGCUGUUACGACCCACCGGUCGGCCACAGCGCCCGGUUCCUGUGGCGGCGCGCCGCGGCCCAAGCUACUGCUUGUGGAGGACCUACCGCACACCCACGACACGGAGCGGCGGCUGCGAUUGGCAUCUGCGCUUCGGGACCUGGCGGCGACGGCGCGGGGGCCGGUGGUGCUGGUGGCGACGGAGGUGGAGGGCCAGGCCACUGGCGGCGGCGAGCGCGGCGGCGGCGGCGGCGGCGCCCCGGACGGCGGGGGUUCCAUGGGCGGCGCCAAGGGACUUCACAAGGAUAUUUUGGCGGCACUUCAAGCUGCGGGCGCGACCGCCAUCAGCUUUAAUCCUGUCACUGCCAACAACAUUGCCAAGCUGCUCAUGCGCGUGGCAGCUGCCGAGGGACAUGAACUGAUGCCGGCCACAGCGAUGGGCCUGGCGGAGGCUGCGGAUGGCGACGUGCGCAGCGCGCUGCAGGCGCUGCAGAUGAAUGCCAUGCUGCAGAAGGCCGCGCGGCGCGGCGCAACUGCGGCCAGCGGCGGCAGAGGUGGCACUAGCGGCAGCCGUCGCAGCAAGAAAGGCAACGGCAAGGUGACAGCCGCCAGUGCGACGGCGCAGCUGCGUGUGGGGCGGCAGCAGGCGCUGACGCCAGGUGAGGUGGCGCGGUUGGCGGCGGCGCAGCGCGACCUGGGGUUGCCGCUGUUCCAUGCGUUGGGCAAAUUUCUGCACAACAAGCGCUCCGCCGGCGGGAAUGCAACGCAAGGCGGGGCCGGCGGCGGGGCCGGCGAUGGUGACGGCGACAGCGAUGGCGUUUAUGAAGGUGGCGGCGGCGGCGGGAGCAAGGGCAAUAAGGAUAAGGACAGCAUGGCUUUGCGGCAGCUCAACGCCUAUUCCCUCACGAUGGGGCGUCAGUGGAAGCUGCAGCACCCGGUUCAGCUACCUGCACGGCUGCUCCGUCCGCCCAUGCGCUACGAUCCGGAGGCCAUUUUGCUGCGUUGCGGCCUGGAGGCGCCCGUACUGCUGUCCUUCCUCCACGAGAACUACCUGGGCUUUGUGGGCGGGGAGGCGAAGGGCGCGGUUGAGGACAUGACGACGGUGGCGACCUUCCUCAGCGACAGUGCUGUCCUGUGCGGCCAGUCCCGCUCCGCCUCCGCUACUGCCGCUACCACCGCCGGCGGCGGCACCAGCCUGUGGCUUGAGGACUCGCCCGCUGCCGCCAACCUCUCCUCCGCGAUUGCUGCCUCCGUCGCUGCACGCGGCCUGAUGUACGGCAAUACGCACCCAGUAGCACACAAGUUCAAUCCCAUACGGGCCCCGGCCAGCUCUGCCAUCGACCAGGCCGCAGCCGCCAACCGACUGCAGCUGCGCGCCGCGGCGUGCCGCUUGGCGGCGGCAACUGCUGGCCCCGCCGGCGCCGACUUCGGCUCCGCCACGUCUGGCUCGGCGUUAUUUGGCGGCAGCAGCGCCUCGCAGCUGGUCUCAGCGGUGAUACCAUGGCUACGCGCGUUGGUCCAGAUAUCGCCGUACCACGCAGUAUGGAUUGCGCCGCUGCUGCCCUGCAAUUGGAGCUAUUAUUGGAAUGGCGCCGUGACGGAGGGCGCAUUCCUUCGGCACGUAACAACACUGCCGCCACCGCUGCAGCAGCAGCAAUGCCAGCAGCAAGUUGGAAGGUGGGAAAGUGGCGGUGGGGUUGGGGGUGUGGCUGGAGGAAGAGAUGGUUGGCGAGGAGGAAGUGUCCAGCCGGGGGCUGGUGGCGGUGGAGAUGGGGCGGUAGAAGGCAUGUUAGAGCAGCUGGGCAUUGAGGACGAGGACCCGAUUGAGGGUUAA